AUGUCAGAACAGCAGCCCCCAGAGGUCAUUUCCGGUAGGGAUGGCAGGGUGGUUGUGCAAUUUCGCCCCACUGAAAAGGGUUUUUAUGAUCUAAACUUUACACACAAUGAACAUUCGAUCGCGGGUUAUUAUUAUUAUUUUUGUUUUCAUUUAGUGGUCGACCAGCACAUCACUGCUUACGGAUCCGGAUUGAGCUGCGGAGUUAGUGGCAAGGAAUCCACAUUUUACAUCGUUGGGAAAGAUGGUUUGUUCUCUUUGGCAUCCGGUCCUGGGAAGGCAGAUAUCGUUCGCAAGAAAGAAUCGCAUGGAAUUGUUGAAGUUUCGUACGUACCUUUGGCUGCCGGAGAGUAUAACCUACACGUUAGGCACAAGGGGCAUGAAAUUUAUUCAUCACCCUUCCAGGUUAAAGUUUCAGGCGAAGGUCAGAAACGUACCCAGCUAUCAGUAGCGGCGACAGGCGCGUACGUGCUUUGCGGGGGCAAUGUUGACCUUGCGAACAUGGUUGGGGUCAUAAGGUCACCCAGUGGUGGGCCGGCUGAACCUUGCAUGCUUAUGAAGACCGCUGAUGGAAAAUUGGCCAUAGCAUCAUUUCAGCCAAAGAGGAAAGGAAUGUACAUGGUCGAAGUUAGCCAAGAUGGCCGACCUAUUAGCGGUAGUCCGUUCAACGUGAACGUAAGUGAGGCAGAACUCUGUCACGCGUCGAAAGUUCACGUGUCUGGGUCAACAAAAAGCGCCAACGCCAAUCAGUGGAAUGACGUCAGCAUCGAUUUGUCGUCUGCCGGGCUAGGAGCAUUGGGGAUUUCCAUAGAGGGGUCUCACAGGUCAGACCUGGAAAUCAAGGGUAAAAGUUCAUCUGAGUACGUCUUAUCUUACAAGCCGCACGAGCCUGGCAUAUAUCUGCUCAAUGUUAAGUUCGGGGAUGAACACAUUACCGGUUGCCCAUUCAUGGUGAGUGUGUCCGGCGAGCCAUCUGGUCGAGUGCGACAGACAGUCACAAAGAACAUCAACGCCGCUAGGCUGGUCAGAGCCAAGGAUCAGUGUAGUUUGGAGCUGAAACUUACUGGGCUCAACCCUCUAGACUUAGAAGCCAUACUGACAUCACCGAGCGGUGAAUCGGAGCCGUGCGAGAUCCGUGAUAAGGAGGACCACCUCUUUGAAAUUAGGUUCACCCCGCCGGAAGACGGAGUGCACACGCUCAGCAUCAAAUACAAGGGCAUCCAUCUUCACGGAAGUCCAUUCCAGUUUUCCGUGGGUAAGUUGCCAGUGGGCGGAAGCCAUAAAGUGGAGUUUGGCGGAACCGGAGUAGAUAGGGCGGAAGUGAACUCUAAAAAUUAUUUCAACGUUUACACGAGGGAGGCGGGCCAGGGACUGCUUUCGAUAGCCUUGGAGGGCCCCUCCAAGGCGGAAAUAAACGUAGAAGACAACCCCGAUGGGUUCUCAAUUGUUUCAUAUCAAGUGGCCAGAGAAGGUGAUUACGGGAUCCACGUGAAGUACAAUGACCAGCACAUCCCUAGAUCCCCCACCGUGGUUCACGUUUCUCCGGAGAGUAAGGACGCUCAGCUGGUCACUCUCCACGGACUGAGAGACCGAGGUUUAGAAGUGGAUAAACCAGCAACGUUCAACGUGAAACUGAACGGCGCAAACGGUACGUUGAAAGCAUUCGUAAAGACUCCAUCAGGCACUGAGGAGGACAUAUUCAGUCAAGAAAUUGAUCACGAUAUCUACGCGGUAAGAUUCAUUCCAAGAGAGAAUGGAGUUUAUUACGUGUACAUUCGAUUCAAUGAAGCUCAUAUACCGGGAAGUCCCUUCCCCAUGCUGGUGGGAAAGUUGGGAGCUGAUCCUGCCCAUGUCGUGGCUAAGGGACCUGGGAUCGAGAAGGGUGAAGUAGGCAAGACUUGCAAACUGAACGUGAUAACGACAAAUGCGGGGGCCGGUGUGCUGGCGGUCAACAUUGACGGCCCGUCAAAGGUGGCCAUCGUAUGUUCAGAGGUUGAAGAGGGUUACGACUUUACGUACACCCCGAUGGCGCCGGGUGAUUAUUACAUCACGGUCAAGUUCUGCUCAGUUACGAUAGCUGGGUCGCCGUUCAAAGCUGUCAUCACAGGAAAGGGAAGGCAAUCGGACAUCGUGGAAAGCUCCGGAUUAUUUGUUGAGACGGUAGAAAAAAAACCAGGUGCGUCGAAAGCCAAACGUUUCCACGGGGAUGCCAACAAAGUUGUGGCUCAAGGAAACGGAUUGAAGAAAGGAUUUCCAGGGAGAGCAGCUAACUUCACACUCGAUUGCAAAGAAGCUGGUCAAGCCCUAUUAACGUUGGGUAUGCUAUCACCGAACGGCAAUCCAGUCCAAGAGUUAUCGUACAAAAAAUCCAGAGCAGGCGUAUACACUGUGACGUACAACGCCCCUGAAAAGGGCGAACAUGCCCUAACCGUUAGGUGGGGUAUGGACGACAUACCUGGCAGUCCCUUUGCAAUACCAGUUGGUUGAAGUAUUGGGUGGUAUUUUUUGGUGAAAGUGCGAACAUUUUUAAUGGUGAUUUUGGGUGUUGUGUGCGUCUUUAGAAUACCAACAGAUGAGUUAUUACUUUAAUAGGGUAUAAGGGGAAUGAGAGAAAUGAGAGGGAAAACAUAAAAAUGUAUUUUUGAAUAAAGUUUAAUUGAUAUUUUUUAUAUCACGAGUGUCGAUCCAAACGUUAAUUCUUAAAAAAAAUAAAUAAUAAAUUUACAAUUAAAAAUAAAUUGACUCAAUUCUCAAUUUAUUUUUCAUUUGAUGUAAUUUAUUACCUAAUUUUCAUUCAAUAUUAACAUAAAAGACAUACACGAACACACAUUACACGUUUAUCCAUUUAUUUUCGAUCUUUAAAAUCACAUCAUAGUACACAUACACGCACGCACACACAAAGUUACAUCACAGUACACACACAAAAUCACAUACAUACAAAAUCUCUCACACACACAUAAAAACAAAAAUCAUAUCACAGUACGAAUAUACAAACACACACACACAAACUCACACAAUACACACGCCAACAAAAAUAUACACACAGUCAUAAUUAAAAUUAUAUAUAUAUAAUAAUUAUUAUAUUAAUUAUUAAAAUUAUAAUAAUUUACAGUCGUUUAAAGGUAAACUCUAAUAAAAAUGUUGAUUUUUUUUGCAAUAAUUCAUAAAUGUUCUAAAAAAAAAUCUUUGCCUUUUAACCGAUUUCCUAAUUAAAUUAAUAGAAUGAGAGAGAUAUAGCGCUUUAUAAAUUGUGUAUGUAUAUAUAUAUAUAUAUAUAUAUAUAUAUAUAUAUAUAUAUAUAUAUAUAUAUACAUACAUAUUAUAUAUGCAUGUCAAAUUAUAAUACAUUGGUAUGAACAAAACGAAAUAUCUGUUAAAAAUUUGUUACAUAAUUUUGUUCAAUAACAAUGGUAGUAAUAAAAAAGAAAAAAAAUAAUAAUAAUGAAGAAUAAUAAUAAAGAGUUAUAAUACAAAUCUAUUUGAGCAUUUGAAAACGCCAUAUGCACACAUUUGUGUGUGUGAGAGUGAGAGAGAAAGAGAGAGAGAGAAAGAGGGUGA